AUAAUGAUACAAUGUUAAUUCGUCCAGUUUGAGCGAGUGAGUGAGACUUCGACAUCGCGGUAAUGUUUCCUGGGAGCAAAAAUUUGUGAGGGAGUGGGAGCUCUUCUUGUUUCUCUUUCAAUCUUGCGGAAGUCAUUUGCGACAGCACCGCCUCCUGAGGACGUUGUCAUGACAACUGAGAACCGAUCCAAGCAAAUUCCCUUUCGUCCAGCGUUUGGUCUCCGGGCAACCGACCUUCAAAUCCAGAAAAAAAAAACAUCCGGAACGUUCCGUGAUCUUUGACAACACUUUUAACUUGCCAUCAACAUGAUGACCAACUCGCUUCCUUUCUUGGCAGAUCACGAGCGGCUGAAGCUCAGAGUGGAGAAGAAGACGAGGAAUAUUUUUAUUACUCAGCCCGAUGACUGCAGGGAAAGAGAGGAGAAUGUGAAUUACAUCCCAGUUGUAAGUGAGCCUCCAAGCAGUAUCCUCAAGGUUGGCGUGAACACCCUACAAAAGACUCUGGUUCUGAAGAAACAAGCCGAGCUGGAUGAGGUGAACAACAAUCUUGCGCUCAAAAGAGAAGAGUUUCAGAGAAAUGUGGAGGAGCUGACUCAGAGAAAGAUUGAGCUGCAAAUGAAACAUCAGGAGACGAAAGAGAAAGUGCUGAAGUUUGAAAGGUUUGUGAGUGAUAAUGAAGUAAAGCGAACUCAAGCUGCGCAGCAGUACAAGGCAGUGCAGGAGGACAACUUGAUGAAGCAGCGCAAGUUGGAGGAGCUGACAAAACAGCUGCAACAACUUCGAGACAGGAGGCUCGUUUUAAAGAAGAGGCUAUCCAAGUACAAAAUCUAUGAGGACUUUUUGAUGAAAACGUUGGAUUAUCUCCCUGACAGUCACCUUGAGACCGACUCGGAAUGUGCAGUCAUGCCCAUCAUUCGGCGCCACGAGACCCUGUGCUUUGCCCACGAGCAGCUGCUGCAACAUUUGCGGCGUGUGGAGGAGGAGGUGGAGCGGGGUAGGCGACAGCUGCAUGCCAUGAAGCAAGGACACAACUUGCUCAAAUUGGCGGCCAGUAAAGAACUUUACGAACUUCAGAGGGAGUUGGAGGGCCUGAAAGAGAAAAACAAGCAGGCAGAGGAUAAAUUGAUGAAGGAGCAAGGGCAGUCCAGAAAGAAGGCUGCCGAAAUGGGAAGCCUCCAUUUGGCCAUCAGCAACCUCGCAGAGCAGUGUUACCUGCCAGCGUGCGGAAGUCUGGAAAACAUGAGCGCUUCCUUAAUGCUGGACAUGGUGAAGGAGUACCUCGUGGACAAGGCGGACACAGAGAAGAGAGCGAGGAGACUGAACGAGGGUGCUUCCCAAACAAGGACUAAAACAGCUUUGAAUGACAUGAAAACCAAAGCCUCCAUGAGCAGCUUUGGCUGUAAGACUCAAUUUAAAAGUCGGAGUCAAGUCAGUAGGCCACCAGAACAAGACCCCGGUGUCGUCAUAGGAACCAUGGCUGGAAAAAUGGCAGAUGAGCUCCGCUGUCCGACCUGUCUGAACAUCUUUAAAGAUCCCGUCAUGUUGAAGUGUAGCCACAGCUUCUGCCGUACGUGUGUGAAGCAGUGGUGGAAGAAUAAACAAGUUCAUUCGUGUCCAGUCUGUAGGAAAAAGUGUCAAGCGAGUGAUGUGUUUUCGAACUUGACACUGAAGAAUGUGUGCGAGACCUAUACACAAGACUUGCUGGACUCUGAGGCCAUCUGCACUUUACACGAGGAGAAGAAGAAGCUAUUCUGUCUGGACCAUCAGGAGUGUGUGUGCCUCAUCUGCAGAGAUGCACAGAUUCACGCCGGCCACAAGUUCUGCUCGCUUGAGGAUGCUGCGCAGGAUCCCAGAGAGAAACUCCAGAACGCCCUGCAAAAAUUCAAGAAAAGACAGCAAGAUUUUACAAUGGUCAGAGACAACUGCAGGGAACAAGCAGAGUACAUCAAGGUUCAGCAGAACCACGUUGAAAGCAAAAUUAAGCAGAGCUUCAAGGAGCUUCGCGACUUCCUGCAGAUCGAGGAGGCGGCCAAGUUGGUUGCUCUGAACGAGGAAGCGCAAAGGAAGAGUCAGAUGAUGGAGGAGAAGAUUGGGGUUCUCAGCAAAGACAUGGCCGCUCUCUCAGGCACCAUCCAAACCACAGAGAAGCAGCUGAGCUUGAACCAGGUUUCCUUCAUGAACAACUACCAGAAUGUGAUGAGCAAAAUCCAACAGCUGCCUGAAAAACCCAAGAUGCCCUCAGGAGCUCUGCUGGAUGAAGUCAAACAUCUGGGCAACCUCAAGUUCACCGUGUGGAAACAAAUGAAGGAGAUGGUAUCCUAUAGUCCCGUGAUUCUGGACCCAAACACGGCCUCUCCACAAUUCAGUCUGUCCGAAGAUUUGACCAGUGUGAGUUUGAACGUCAAAGAGAAGCGUCCAGCCAAUCCGGAAAGGUAUCAGAACUGGAACCGUGUCCUCGGUUCUGCUUUGAACUUCGGAACACACGUGUGGGAUGUUGAGGUGGGAGACAACACCAACUGGGUACUGGGCGUGGUUGGGGGGGAUUAUUAUUUGCCACAUAGCUCCUUUGUGUGGGGCAUUAGCUUUUGUGAUGAUAAAUACAAAACUGUUUCACUACCUUAUCACUCCAAGAAUCUGCCAGUCAAAGAGAAAGUGCAGAGGAUCCGAGUUCAUUUUGACGCUCACACAAGAUCAGUGUCAUUUUCUGAUUCUCUGACAAACACUGAAUUAUACACGCGCAAGAACAUUCCCAAUUGCCCAAACCAGUCCGAUGACUGGAAAAUGUAUCCUUACGUUUACACGAACGACAAAGGUCCUUUGAAAAUAAUACCACUUACACUUUGUGUUACAACUGAAAUCCAGAAAUGAUUUUGAAGUUGCUGUCACAAUAUGAGAUACAAAAGUAUCUUAACAAAGAGUGACAUUUUUACUAACACAUGUGUAGCAUUCAUAUUGAGACUUAAGAUCAUAUAAGAAAAAGACAUAUGGGCUAAACUCUCACCCAGAAAGUAGAACU